CCAAUGUCGUCGACGAAGAAGAUGUACCCUGUCUUCAUCGAUCUCUCUGAGGAAGAUGAUGGUGAUGGAUUGGAUGAUCUGACUGGUGUUGACAACGAGUAUGACUUUCAAACCUAUUAUUUACUUCUCCGUUCAUUCUCUACUAGCUGCUCCCUAUUGUUGUUGACGAACUAUACUCACUUCGUAAGAACCGUCCAAAUAGAAAGCCGAAACUUUUUAUGAUAAGUUCCAAGCCCAAGCCCUAAAGCCGUCUUCAUAAACCUAAAAUCAAUCGCUACGUUCCUUGAUUUGAUUUUGGGUUGUGAUCACAUAGGAGCUGUAUGCAGGCUUGCAGCCGGCCACCACAUCCAGCUCUUUGCCGCAGUUUUUUCUGUUUUGUUUAAUUCCUUCCAGAAAUCAUGUCAAUGUCGAAGAUGAAAAAUGAGAGCUUUGAUCUACAUGAAGAUGUUAUAGUGAAGAUUCUUUGUCGGUUGCCGGUCAAGUCCUUGAUCCGGUUCACUUGUGUGUCGAAACGGUGGCGUUCUAUUAUCAUUUCUGAUCCUCAAUUUGGCAAGUCUCACCUUCAACUAGCAUCACAGCAGGGCAGCCUCUGUCAAAAAGUCCUCAUCUGCAUCUACCCUACAGAUAAAACCGUAGAAGGUCGAAUUCCCAAUCGUUUUGAAGAUAACAUGCCUUGGUUGCCCUCUCGAUUUCAAUCCUUGGAAGGUUAUUCUUCAGUCAAUAAUCUCACCUUCCCGUCGGAGGAGAAGAGCCAACGAGUAAUGGCCUUGUGCAAUGGUUUGGUACUUCUAGGUGAAUCCUAUAAAAGUUAUUUUAAGAACUUGUCUAUCUGGAAUCCAUCAACUGGAUUUUUCCGCAAAAUACCUGCUCCAAGUUUUGGGGUUGAGAUGACAAAAUCAACAGAGGAGAAAAAGAACUGUAGCUUUUUAUAUCAUGGUUUUGGUCAAGUGUCAGCCACUGACGACUACAAGCUUGUUUUCAUAAAACCUGCUCUCGGUGAUUUUGUUGAAGUUCAUGUGUUCUCACUCAGAGCCAACGUUUGGAAAGUUAUUAAAUCUCCCUCUUCAUUGACCGGCUGGAUUGACGGACAGGGGGCUCUUUCAAAUGGAGCGAUUCAUUGGGUCAACUAUCCAACAGGUGGGAAAAUAGAACCAACUAUGGUUGCUUUUGAUUUAGCAGAGGAGGAGUUCCGGCAAGUGCCAUUACCUGUUUUCAACCAAAAUGAAGAUGGCACGCAUGUGACUUGUGUAAGAACUCAGGUUCUUUUAGGAGGGUGCCUUGGUGUAUGGUCUGCGGAUCCUUAUGGGUAUAUGACAUUUUGGGUGAUGAGAGAGUAUGGUGUGCCUGAAUCUUGGGUUAAACUCAUUCAAUUGGGUCGAGAUGAUUUACCAGAUGAGUUCACUUCAUGCACUAGCUGGGAACCUAGUUUCGUUACAGAAGGCGGUACAGUUAUGAUCAAACUGCUUGGCAAAGAACGUAGAUUUAUUACAGAAGACGGUACAGUAUAUAUGAUCAAACUGCCUGGCAAGAAUGAGUUGGUCUGGAUUGAUUGCCAUCAAGAAGAGAAUACAGUGUGCAGCGCCCAUUAUAGACUUGAGGAGGUGCCUGAGUGUACGAUAUUUGACAUAACUGUAUAUGAUGAAACUUUAGUUUCAGUACCUGAAUGAUGAUGAAGCAUGUGGCCUGAGGACUCAAGGCCUUAAAAACUAAGAAGCAGAACAAAACUGGAGAGGGAUUGCCAUUUUCUGCAUUUAAAUGAUGGCUAGUUUUUCGCUUGAACCAUAUAAUUUGGAUUCUCCAUCACUAUGCCAAAAAAGUCUUCAGACGACAGACCAUAUCUGUCGUCUGAUGAAGUAAAAAUCUGUCGUCUAGGUGGCUGCCGUCUCUUAGCCACUCAGACGACAGAUAUUCUCCGUCGUUGAUAAUGCACUCAGACGACAGAUUUAGUUUAAGGUACUGUCGUCUGAAGUACCUAAUAUUGAAGAAUCGGGGUCUUUCUGUCGUCUGAAACACCAUACCACUACAUAUUUAUGUUGUUUCUGUCGUCUGAUUUGAAGAACAAUGACAGUUAUAUGUCGACUGAUUUCGUAUGUAACAACAUUUAUAUCGUGAGUUAUGUUGUUUGAGAUUUCUUUGGACUACAGAUAAUUGUGAUUCUUGUGGUUAGAUUUGAUUUCUAACUACAGUUUUAG